GGAGAAACCUCAACGCUUCUUAUAAAGCUCUUAUCAAUCCCCACACCUCAAUGCACUUCUCUCCAAAAUGCAUUUUCUUGUAUCAAAAUCCUUCCAUUUACUUCUAAUUUCUUCCCUACUACUUCUUUCUCAAGAUCCCAUCACAGCCGUAGAUCCACUGUUCACCGUCUGUCCAUCCGAUGCUUCAAAUUACACUUCCGGGAGCCAAUUCGAAACCAAUCUCAACCGUCUACUCCCUUCGUUAUCUCCAAAUGGGUCCAUCAAUCUCACAGGCUACUACAACGCUACCUACGGGGAAGACCCCAACAUCGUCUAUGGCUACUCUCAAUGCAUGACCGGUGCAACCGAAGAAGAUUGCCGAGCAUGCCUAAAAAAUUCGACGGUUGAGAUCAUCCAGCGCUGUCCCAACAAAAGGCAAGCCAUCAUCCGAUACUACAAUUGCAUUUUACGUUACUCAUAUCAGUCCAUCCCCUCCGAACGUGAUACUACCUUUAGGCUUUUGCUUUACCGUGUUGAGAACACAACCAAUGCAACGACUUUUAAUCAGCAAUUAGGAAGUCUGAUGAAAGAUCUGACACUCAAGGCCUCUUCAAAGCCGUCCAAAUUCGCGACUGGGUCCGUCGAUCUGACCGACUUUCAAAACUUAUAUGGUCUAGCUCAGUGUACCAGAGAUUUAUCGGAAAGCGAUUGCACCGCAUGUCUGCAAGUGAUGAUCAAUCAGAUUCCUGUCUGUUGUGGUAACAAAACAGGAGGGAAUAUCUACAGUGUGAGUUGUAACAUAAGGUAUGAUCCAUACCUUUUCUUUGAUAUUUCACCAGAGAUCUCUCCGCCACCCCUUCCAGCUUCAACGCCUCCUUCAACACCCCCUUCAGAGACAAACCGCAAAACUGAUACUCGCAAUGGAGAUGAAAAGGGUAUGUUUCUGUAGAGAAUUUUACAUAUGCAAUCACUCUUAUAUUUUUUUGUAGAGAAUUUAGAUGCGCAGUGGACUCUAGCUGCUGCAUAUGG